AUGUCUCCGUUUACCCUUCGAUCAGGCGCCGUGCAUGAAGCUAAAAUGCUUAGUGUUGACCUUGAAUACGUGGGGAGCGGCAUGGCAGCUGCAACUGCCGGCAGCGGUUUUGCGCCCAACUGUGAGGACAGUGCCAGGCUUCCGUGUACAGAACAGUCGGGUUUUCCAAAUGCGGCUGCGCGGGGGGCGGACACCGUUUUUGCAGGGAACGGGGGACGCCUGAGACGGAGGAGAAGUUCGGGUGUCGGCACAGAAGACACGGCCAUGGCGGAAAUACGUGUGGAAACACUCCGUCGUACACCGAAGCCGACGGUCGUUCCCGCGUCGCCUCCAUACCCAGAGGACCGCUUUUGUCGGUAUCUGGACGUGGAUUCCUUGGCCGUGACAUGGAAACGGAUGACCGUGACACGAGACGCUGCCACCGACUCGCAGUCUGAAAGCCCUUAUGGGCGCGAAGACUGGGAAGACGCACGUCGCCAUUCCAUUUCUUCGCCCGCGAGCUCAAGCGAUUUGUCGUGGCCUUCGACGCGCGCUCCCCCCUGCGUCGCCCCUCCUUGUUUGCGGCGUUCCACUGGAGGCGGCGCCUGGGGAGACAGAGACGCGACCGCGUUUCCGCAGAUUCUCGACGCACGAGCAACUGAUGACGGCUCAAUACGGUGCCCGUCCGUCGCCACUAUCGCUAUGUCGCCCUCGUCUGCCGGAUGCCGUUCGCCGCACGCGGAGAGAAACGACGAGGGCGUAGAGCACCCGUCGAGGGAACUUGGAGGCCAUGGAAGACAGUCCUCAGCGUCUUCUCUGCAGUCGGUGCCGUCGCCGACGGGCUGCGCCGGUCGGCCGUCCAGGUUCCUCGAUACCUUCGUGACGCUGCGCUCAGAUGAUUCCCCCCGCUGCAUCGUUCCAGUGGCGGUCCAUGGGAAGCCGAAGCCGCCGGAGUCGAACGAUCGGGUUCGGCCUUCUCCGGUGUCUCCCCAUUUGUGCUCUGCCAGCGGCUGGGUUGGUGGAGAGAAUGGGGCGGCAUCUGCCGAGAGCAGUCGCGGGAGUCUUACCGAUGCGGCCUCGGACCCGAGGAAGACCCGAUCCGGUAACGGCACUGGGCGGAGGGAUCACGGGUCGGGGAAGCCGGGUUCGUCGGAGGGCGGACGCCGAAGCGUGUUUCCCAGAUUGCGUAGCGGAGUUAACGAAAGCGACGUCGAGCUGUCCUCCGUGUCUCCUGCUUCGCCAGUGACUGUGCCUCAUGGCUCGCCUGGGAACAGAGAAAACGGCAAAGAGAUCAACGACGCCGAAGGCCCUGAAGCCGGCUUCGGAAGCAACCGAUCGAAGCUACUACAGGUGAACGGCGAGCGGACAGACACUGCACAAUGGGCGGGAGACAGUGUACACUCAGAGAGUCCGGGAGGGUCUCCCGAUUGGCCGCCGCUCUCCAGAGUGGACGUGACUCCCAUGAAAAAUGCGUUUCAUUCGUGCGCGGGCGUGCCUUCAUUCGUGCCUCGCAUGCAGACGCGGAAGGCAGGCGCCAAAGAGCUGCCCAGUCCUUCUCCUUCCUCGUCUGGGUCUCCCGACCACGGCGCUGGCCAGUCGUCCUGCUUGCCAAGAUGCGAGACGCAGGGACGCCACCUGAGAGGCGAGUCUCAGGGGCCCGUGCGUCGGUACAUCUCGCGAUUUCUAGAGAUGUGGGGCGGGGACGAUUGGGGAUCGACUUGCUACGAGUCCUUUCAGGACUCCAGGAGCGACGGAGGCGACGCGAUUGGGCCUAACCGGAGGUCCAGUUCGGCGGACCAACAUCUGUGGAACAGCGCGCGGAGAUGCAGCGCCAGUCGCGCGCAAGCGGCGUGCUUUAGGAACAGGACGUCUUCCGCGGACAGCUGCCUCAUGCCGAGAGCUGGACAGGAGACGCUUGAGUCGCCCUCGAGAGGUGCCCUGGAAUCUCGGCACAGACUCCCGCAGUCGUUUGGGCUCGUCAGGCCAGCUUCGUUCCAGCUGGUAACGGACGAUGCACUGGGUGACCCACAGGGAGUGGCGGCGACAGUGGAGUGCAAUCGCGACACGUGCAAGGCGACCCAGGAGGACGAAAUGGGAAGGAAACUGGUGCUGUAUGCGGAAGAGAACCGUGGAAACCGGGACCGCGGAAGAGACCACGCAACAGAACACUCCGGACGAGCGGAAGGUUUGAGCGGUGCGGCCAUCUCCGCUUUGGCGCAAGUGAAGCCUCGACACGAGGGAAACUCUUCGACCGUGUGGAAGAAGAAAAAGUCAUCCCCUCUUGCUUUCGAGUAUAAAGACGAAGAAGAGGCGUAUCGUCAGUACCUCAACCGGCUCUUUCCUUUCCGUCUCACUGUUGUCGGACUCGUUCUCCUUCUCGUCGAGAUCUUGCAAAUCUCCUGGAGGCUUGUUCAAAGAAGCUUCCUCGUCGACAGCCGGGGCGAGUAUUCGUAUUACGGGCUCGUCAACUUUGACAGGAUCUUCAUCGUUAUCGCCGUAUGCCUGGUUAUUCAUAUCAUCAUCUACGGUUUGCUGGCUGCGGGCGGACGCAUUCCCGGCGUGAAGAAUCGACUGGAGAGCUGGUCGUUUUCCAUGAUUGUCGUGGCACUCACGACCCGCAUCUGUGGGAUGGUCUGUGUGGCGUUCAUGGGCGAAGGAAUCGGAACUGCAACGAUCUUACCAGCUGCAGACGAAAUGGAACCCCCAACCCCCUUUAUCUCCGAGCCUCGAGCCCUUUCCUCAGAGCUCGUGCUGCUGUCGCUCUGUUGCCUUUUCCACAUCAUCGUCAUCGAUAUGAUGCUGCCUAUCAGGACUCUCCCGUCGGUGGGCAUGCAUACGAUCCACAUCCUCGGGUGUAUCGGCUGCUGCGUCCUCUCCGUCUGUCUCUACCCCCAGUGUAUCUCCUCUGACGGGCCGAUCUGUGCGGUGAGCACGUGCCUGUUCAUCGUCUGCGGCUUUUUGGGACGCGCUCAGAUGGAGGUUGCUCAUAGGCAGCUCUACAUGAGAUGGAAACACGGUCUAGAACGGUUGCGCGCUGCGGAGCAGAAGCUCCACUCGCACCGUACUUCCAAAACAGGCAUCGAACAGUUGGCCAUGCUGGUGCGUCAGUCGCAAGUCCUCCUGCGUCACGCGUGCGUCAGCGGGGCGAGCCGACACAGCAAGCAGCUAGCGCUGGAACAAGUGACAGACAUUCAAGGACAAGUGCUGGACAUCGUGACGAACGUGAACAACUUGUACCAUGCCAAGAUGAACACGGAGGAGAUGAGUGAGCUCCUGCGGUUUGUCCCUGAGGGACAGGACGACGCGCACCGGUCGCUCCUGCGCGACUGGCGAGGACGCAGUGCCUCCUUCAGCGGCUGCGAACGGCUACGAAGGGAUUCGGAAGCGUCGAACGCAGGCGUUUCGUUGAGCGUCCCGCUGCUGCAUCAGAACUCGACAUGUUCGACGCUGUGCGUGGGAAGCUUUCCUUCGCGAACUUUGCCGUUCGAUGGGGGCGCGCCGCACUCCACGGCGUUUCUCAGCAGUCGGUUUCCCGAAGUGCUGGCUGGCCAAACAGGCCUUCCAGCUCCGGAGGGCGUUCAGCUCGGAGAGACUGGAAAAUCUCUGAAAGGCGCGUGCGUUCCCACCGCGGAGAACCCGCUCGGCGCGCAUUCUCCCACAGGGACUCUGAAGCAGGAACGUUCGCAAGAGGAGAAACCUGAACCUGGCGACGCACCUCAAACUGUACGCCCGGAGCCGCUGCUCGACCUCCCCGAAAGCAUGAAGGCAGCCAUCGGCGUCGACUGGGAUCUCGACUUCUUCGAGCUGAACGAGCGCGUGAACAACAACGCCCUCUUGGUGACUGCGCAAGUACAACUGCUCCCUCUGUUGCGCCCAGAAGGCCUGCGGUGUAGUCCGCACGUCUUGCGGUGUUACCUAAGGUGUCUUCAGCAACAGUAUUGCCCGAGCAACCCGUACCACAACCAAGUGCACGCCGCGAUGGUUUCUCACUGCUGCUUGAUCAUCGUCAACGAAAUUUUGCCCUCCAAACAAGCGCUGACCUACGUCGACGAACUGUGUCUGGUGAUCGCAUCCGCGGCGCACGACGUUGGCCAUCCGGGUUUGAACAAUCAGUAUCUCAUCAGUUCCCAGUCUCUGUUAGCAACGACGUACAACGACAUUGCUGUCUUGGAGAACUACCACGCCGCUUGCUGCUUUCGGACGGCGGGCAUCAACGAAGACCACAACAUCUUCAGCGGCCUCACCAAGGAGGUCUAUCAGUACAUGCGGCAAAACAUUAUCGGCCUUAUUCUCUCAACGGAUAUGAGCAAGCACAUUUCCUACGUCAGCCGGCUGAGAGUUCGCGCGGAAUCAGGAAAUUUCGAUGUGGCCAACGAAGGGGACCGGUGGCUGCUUUUCCAAGGGUGCAUCAAGGCGGCGGAUCUCGCGCACACUGCGACGUUCUGGGAGAACCACAAGCGCUGGGCCGAGUGUCUCUGCGAAGAGUUCUUCAAGCAGGGUGACGAAGAGCGUCGGCAGGGAAUGAAUGUGAUGGACAUUUUCGAUCGGAGACAGAAAGACCGUUUCCCGCAGUCGCAGUACCGCUUCAUUGAGCUGGUUGUCGAGCCGCUCUUCCACAGUGUGCGGAGCAUCGAGGAUCUACUGAACGGGCGCGGCGGCGUGCGUGGGAAGAUCUGCAAAGCUCUCUCUGCGAACCUCACCCGCUGGAAGGAAGCGGCGGAGGCGCUGGAAAAGGCCGCGAGCAACUCGCCGACGGACGCCUCGGGCGCAAAGACGAACGAGGAAGGAGACGGCGACCGCCAAAAGGUGGUGGGUGGAGACGCCGCAGAGAAGAAAGAAGCUGGGAGAGCAAGUGCAGGCACUCCAAAGUUCGCAGGGAGCGUCGCUGCGAAAACGGCGGGCGACCGAAAAAAAGGCAGGCCUGCGGCGACGGAGGCUGGCUGGAAGGAGGCGGAGAACGCAACCAGGCGGCGAGGGGACGGCAAGAAGAGCGGGAAGCCCGAGAAGACCACAUCUUAG